AUGUCAGUCCACGAGGUUACAUCGCACGGGACGCCUAAGGCCUCCGAUCUCGCAUUGGGCUUUCGCCCCGGGAGUCAACUGGGGCUGGCGAUCGCCAGGGAAGUGGCCUCCUAUAUUGAUACUGGAGCCGGAAGAGGCCUAGGCCUUCAAUUUGUGAAACACUUGAGCGAACGUUCUCUAGUGAGGUAUCUAUCAUCUUUGCGACAGUCCGCGGGCCGAGGCCAUACAGCAGCUGGUCACCUAGUCCAAGUCCGCAUCACCGUGAUGCGCUUAUAUACAACAGACAGAGAGAGCAUCCUAAUAGCAUUGAACCAGAUCAAGAAAAGCCUGAGUGGAAAGGCCCUUGACAUUCUUACCAAGAAUGCUGCAAUCAUGGAUUCCUCUCUGGAUGGAGUAGUAUCAAUGGACAACCUGCGGCGGGCAUUCGAAGUCAACGUGGAAGCAGUGCAUGAUGCAACUGCAGCGUGUUUGCCACAAUUGAGAGAGGGAACUCAAAGAAAAGUAUUCAACCUGAGCUCAGAUGUGGGCUCGAUAACCUUGGGUCGUCGACUUAUCGAUUUGCCUUUUCCGACCUACAAUAUCGUCAAGAUUGCACUUAAUGCCUUGACUGUGCAGUACGCUUUGGAGUUCGAGAAGGAAGGCUUCACAUUUUUUGCUGUAUCACCUGGGUGGUUUCGGACGAAUAUGGUGACGGAUAUUGCCGAUCUCGAUGUUUCAACUGGGGCAAGCACAGAACUGGAUGUUCUCUCUUGCCUAGGAGCCCAUAUUAAUGGCAAGUUCUUGAACGUUCAUGUCCCGGGAUGGGAACAGGCGGAGGGCCUGCACCAGUAUGAUGGGGGCGAGCUUCCAUAGUAGGUCGCCACGUAUAGAGAGAGAUCCGACUCAAUCUUCUGAUGGGUAUGCAUAGAGCACUUUUUAGGAAUGUGUAUCUACAUGCGGCCUAGUUCUGCCAAUCAUCACCGUUGUGUGAUGGGUACAUGGGUGAUUUUGAGAAUUGUCACUUGGCCAAAACCGAUACACCGACUCGGCAGUGAAGAGGGCAUUGCGGCUGUGGCUAACUCAGAACAAAGAAGAAAUUCACCAAAUAUCAUGGUGCUCAACAUUUCUUUGGCUCUCCAGUGACGUCGAUUCUGACCGCCAGAUCUGUACAACGUGAAAGAACAAAAAAAUUGCCAGCUGGGG